AUGCAAGACUUUCGGGACGUGAUUGAUGAAUGUGGGUUUCGAGACCUUGGUUACAUGGGGAGUAAAUUUACGUGGGCAAAGCACUAUUCGGAUGGAACUAUUAUUUGGGAACGUCUGGACAGAGCUCUUGGGACUGAAGACUGGGUGAGUUUGUUUCCUGCUUUCCAAAUGGUUCAUCUGGAAUGCGGGAUGUCCGACCACAAACUUGUCCAUAUUUAUCCUAUGGGAGUUCUGACAAGAAGACAGUGGCCAUGGCAUUUUGAGUGGAGUAAACAAUCUUUUUGUAAUAUAUCUCGGGCCCUCAUUGAGAAAAGAUCCUCUCUAAAAUCUGCAGAAGAGGCAACGCAGCUUGGAGGUGACUAUAAUCCAGUGUACACUAUCAAAAAGGAAAUCUCAAAAUUAUUACUUCUUGAGGAGCAGUUGUGGCACCAGAGGUCUCCUGCGCACUGGAUGAAGUCGAGUGAUAAGAAUACAGCUUUCUUCCACAGUAAAGUCUCACAAAGACUACGAAGGAAUAGGAUUGUUAGUCUUAGAAAUAAUGGAGUGUUAUGUACAGGUGAGGCAAAAGUUACGGGUUUGUUGGUCUCUUAUUUUAAGCAAUUGUUCACUUCAUCCCAACCAACAUACUUUGAGACAGUUUUGCAAGAAGUCCCACGGGUGGUCACUGCUAAAAUGAACUCCGCAUUGAUUGGUAAGUUUACAAGGGCAAAGGUUGAUAUGGCUUUGAAACAGAUGGCCCCCUUAAAGGCUCCGGGUCCUUACGAAAAAUACGAUCUAACUUAUAUUAUACUUAUAUUACCCUCAUCCUCAAAGUCAAAAGUCCUGAUAAGAGCUCAAUUGGGGGAUGUUCAAACCAUUCAAGCUCUUCUUGGUGUUUAUGAAAAAGAAUUGGGACAACAAAUCAAUAAAGAGAAGACGAACCUCUUCUUCAGUAAAUCAGUCUCCAAUGGUGAUAAAAUUGCAAUAAAAAACCUUCUUGGUGUAGCAGAAAUAAAGGAGUAUGAGAAAUACUUGGGGUUACCUGCGGUAGUUGGGAAGAAUAGAAGAGCAAGUUUGAAUUACAUCAAAGAAAGGGUUUGGGGGAAGCUUCAAGGGUGGAAGGAAAAGAUCCUUUCUCAAGCCGGUAAAGAUAUUUUGCUCAAAGCCAUGAUUCAAGCCAUCCCAACAUUUGCCAUGAGUUGUUUUAAACUACUUGUAGGUCUUUGUAAAGAUAUUGAGGUCAUGAUCCGGAAAUUUUGUGGGGGCAACGGGAUGAUCGUAGGAACAUACAUUGGAAAAAUUGGGAAACAUUGUGCAAAGCCAAGGAGGAUCCUAGGUUUUAAAGACCUAAGCAAAUUUAAUGCUGCAAUGUUGGCAAAAUAG